AUGGUGCGCGAUCAGCAGAUCAAGGACGAGCUGCGCAGUAUGAACGUUGCGGCGCACAGCUUCAACGCAGACCUGCUUUACGAGCCCUGGCAGGUGCUGGACGACGAUGGACAGCCCUUCACAACGUUCAAGUCGUACUGGGACAAGUGCCUGGCGAUGCCCUACCCCCCUCCGCUGCCGCUGCCCGAGCCGCCAGCCCUGUUGCCCGCGGUGGACUGGUUCAUGACGCGUGAGCAGGAGGCGUCGGUGGAGGCGCUGUCGCACCGCUGGGACCCCUCAGGGGCUGAGGCUGUCCGUCGGCUGGAGGCCUUUCUGCAAUCGGGCCUGCCUAUGUUUGAACAUGACCGCGCCAAGACAGACCGCGAGUCCACAACCAUGCUGUCGCCUUGGAUCCACGCCGGCAGCAUCAGCGUCAGGCACAUUUACUACCGUGUGGCGCAGAAGCACACCGAGUGGCAAGCCGGCGACACCGAUCGCGGCCCGAGCUGCUUGGACUUUGUGCAGCAGCUCGGCUACCGCGAGUACAGCCGGUACUUGUCGUUCCACUUCCCCUUCAUGACAGACCGCUCCAUGCUGGCUCACCUCAGGGCCGUGCCCUGGCGGCUGGACCAGCACGCUUUCAAGGCCUGGCGCCAGGGACUGACCGGCUACCCUCUCGUGGACGCGGGCAUGCGCCAGCUGUGGAGCAUGGGGUGGUGCCACAACCGCGUGCGCGUGGUGGCGGCAUCCUUCAUGGUCAAAAACCUGCUGCUGCCCUGGCAGUGGGGGCUCAAGCACCUGUGGGACUGCCAGAUUGACGCGGACCUGGAGUGCGACGCCCUCGGGUGGCAGUACGUUGCCGGCUGCCUAGCUGAUGCGCACCCCUUCAGUUACAUGAUUGAUCUGGACCAGGAGUGGAGGCGUUUUGACCCUGACGGCCACUACGUGCGCCGCUGGCUGCCGGUGCUGAGCCAGCUACCAGCGGAGUAUAUCCACCAGCCCUGGAAGGCGCCGCCAGAGGUCCUCGAGGAGGCUGGCGUGGAGCUGGGCUUCAACUACCCAUGGCCCAUCAUCAGCACGGAUGCCUCCCGCGAGGGUGUUGAGUUUGCGUCAUCGGUGGUGGAGCGCUGCUACGCGCAGCAGCAAGAGCAGCAACAGGGCGGCAGCAAGGGCGCUGGAGGCACAGGUUCGGGCUCCGGCACAGGCACUGGAUUCAACCUCGCCCACCCUGAAACCGGCACGCGGGUGUGCGAGGCACAAGGGCCGAGCGGCAGCAGCGGCGGCAGCGAGGUCACAGGCGGCGGCGCGAUGCCACGCAAGGAACCCUAUCGCCCGCCCACUGACCCCGCGCUGAUGACGGCAUUUCUGGAAGCGGCGCGUGAAGGUGCCAGCUGGCAGGCGCGGCUGCCAGAGCUGCACGAUGUGGAGCGCGCCGCGUGCGCCGUGCUGGCCACAGGCGCGCAGUACGACGCCAUGCUUGUGGAGGGGCCACUGAAUGGUGGCGGCGGCGCAGCUGGCGCAUCUGGCCACCCGUUCUUCCUGGGCCGACGCGGCGGGCGUGUAGCGCCUGCGCCGGUUGCUUCUGCGAGCGGGUCGGCAAGCGGUGGCCCUGACGGGACGUACGGGGAGGAGGACGAAGAGGUCUCAGAGAGCGUGGACACAUUCACCGCUGACAGUGCCCCCGAGGUGCAGUCGGCUGGGGGCGGCGUUCGGACCCAGCCGCAGCGCACCCGUCUGCAGCGGCACGAGGGGGCUGAAAGCGAUGAGGUGAUGUCAGAGUCCCGCAGCGCCUGCACCAGCACCAGCGACGACGACAUAGAGGGGCCGGCUGACUCUGCGGAUGAGGUUUGCGAUGGCGUAGCCGUACCCCCGGGGGCCCGCGGCAGCGUGUCGCUUUUGACGGGCGAGAGCUGCAUCCGCGCCAGGCGCAGCGGCACCAAGCGCCUUGCAGCUCGACCGCGACCCAGCGGCCAAGACGACGGCGGUCACGCGGACUGGGAAGGUAAAGUCGUGAAGGACGGUGCGCGGGAGGCUAUGGUCGCUUGA